UCUCUCUCUCUCACUCCCUCUCUCUCUCACUCCCUCUCUCUCUCACUCCCUCUCUCCCUCUCUCUCUCUCUCAGUCUCUCCCUCUCCCUCUCCCUCUCUCUCUCUCUGUAACUCUCUGUAUCUCUCACUCACUCACUCUUUCUCUCUCUGAAUUUCUCACUCUCUCUCUCUCUCUCUCACACUCUCUCUCUCUCUCUCUCUCCCUCUCUCUCACUCCCUCUCUCCCUCUCUCUCACUCUCUCUCACUCCCUCUCUCUCAGUCUCUCCCUCUCCCUCUCCCUCUCUCUCUCUCUGUAACUCUCUGUAUCUCUCACUCACUCACUCUUUCUCUCUCUGAAUUUCUCACUCUCUCUCUCUCUCUCUCACACUCUCUCUCUCUCUCUCUCUCUCUGUUCAUUUCCGUUUCCGUGCAGGGUUGCAGUCCUGCUGCAGUGUCAGAGGCAGGGUGAGUGUGUGUGUGAGUGUGUGUGAGUGUGUGUGAGAGGUUAUAAGCGGUAGUUGAGGGUUAUAAUGGGGGAUAUCGAGUCUCCGGACAGGAGCGAGUCUCGCGCAGCUGGAGUGUUUUCUCUGCUGAUGAGUAAAGAACUGAUCGGAUCCAGAAAAGGACAACUUUUACUGGCAGAAGUGAUUUCAUCCUUCAUCAGUUUUGUGUGUUUUUGUGCUUCGUCAGCAGCAGUGUUCGUCACUGCUCCUCUCCUCGCCUUCGUCUCCGCUCUGCUCAUCCUCUUCGCUCACGCCAUCAAAUUUAACCAAAGAUUUAAAGGCUUUCACUGGCCACUGAUGGAUUUUUUGCGCUGCAUCACGGCCUCCAUCGUCUUCUUCAUCAUCUCCAUCAUGGCCGUGUCGAAAUAUCCAGACGGAUCAUCUAAAGCUGCAGGAGUGUUCGGGUUUGUCGCCACCAUCGUGUUUGCGUUGGAUUUUUAUUUCAUCUUUAACGAGCUCGCUGACUUCCUGAAGGGCGGCGGCUCUAAUGAGGAACCGCAGAACAAACGAGACGCUGACUCGGACGCUGACUCGGACGCUGACUCGGAUUAAAGCUGUGAUCAGGACGUGAAGGACCCAGGAGAGGAGACCGCUCCAGCGCCUGAAGGGAAAUAAAGCAAACUGUGCAGGUUUAUAGUCAGGCUCAGGAUUACUAAUGGGAAACACACACACACACACACACACACCGCUCUAGUAAUGUCUGUGAUCUGUUCUUCACUACUUUCCCUUGGCCAUCUUAAGGGGGAAAAGUUCAUGAAGCUGAGGAACUGGAACCCAGUUUACCCACAAUGCAUUGCUGCACUCCUUUAAUUAGACCUGAAGGUGAAAUUUAAAUUACAGAAACACUGAGACGUAUGAAUAUGUAUGAAUAUGUAUGAAUAUGCAAAUUAGGAAGCUCUCUAACAUGGUCUAAACUAGGCAGCAUAAUAAUAAUCUUGCAUUUUAAAAAGCACCUGCUCUGUCAUUAUCCUCGAAUCAUUUGCAUAUUGGACUGUUAGAGGUUUACACCUAUUUUGUGACAUCACCAUAGCCCCGCCCCUUUUGUCCUACACAGAGAAAAUGAAGAGACUUUAUUGUGAUUUGUAAAUUAAAUCUCUUUACUGUUCAUGAUGCUGAGCUCGAGUGUGUUCCUCCUGAACACUGUGUCCUCAUACACACUCCCUCUGUGCUACACUCGACUCACACACACUCCCGGGGGAGUCAAUACGAUACUUGUCCUGCAGCGACCAAAGCAUCAAAGACUUUAUUUCAGGGUGACCUUUUGGGGUGACUAAUGUGAUCUAAUGACCUUUGACCUUCUGUGUGAAGUGCCUUUUGUAAAGCUGCAGGCUCGAGGCGUCUUUGGAAGUUAAUUAUUGUAGAUGAGGACGCUAGGAGGCUGUUCUCUUUCUGAAACUCUUUCUCCACGGAACCCUGUGUGAGGAACAGACUCAAGAACCUUUUUUACAUUUUAUAAUUGGAAGCCUUUCAAACAGUUUUUACUGGGUGUGUGUGUGUGUGUGUGUGUGUGUGUGUUUAUAAGUGAAGGAUUUCUAAAACUGACCACUGCUUUAUUUCUUUAUUUUUUGGUUCUUUUUUUUUUUUUGCACCAAAACUUUGAAUUAUAACCGAGUUGAUGUGAAGUGUGAAUGUUUGUGCUGACAGCUGGGUGUCUGGUCACAUCCCUCUGUCCUCUGACCACUCACGUGUGUGUGUGUGUGUGUGUGUGUCACUCCUGAUGACUGUAUAUAUGAGUGAACAUCAUGGUGUUAUUUACUCCCAGUGUGCAGCUCUGAAGCCUUUGUUGGUCUAAAUCAGAGUCUCCAUCUCACAGAUACGCCACAGUUUAACUUAACAUGGCACUUUGACUAACUCAGAGUGCUAAGUGAUAAGUACAGCGUUAUUAAUUACAUUAAAAACAUGUAAAAUGCUAAAUUGUAGUUAUAUACUAUUAGCAAGUACAUUAAUUUUACUGUAGUCAGGAAAAGAUUUCAGAGAUUUGAGUAAUGACUGACUGAGCUACUGUCUGCUAGCUAGCUGACACUGGCUAAUCUGUCAUUUAAAUCAAAGUAAUUUAUUGGAAAGUGUGUGUGUGUGUGUGUGUGUGUUCAUGAGGCUCGACUGUCACGUCCAAAACUGUCAAUCACCUCAUCAACCACGCCCUUUUAUUCAUCACCAAAUAAAAUGUAUUAAUCUUAAGGAUAAAUGCUGCAGGAGGUCCGAUAAACUCUACAUGUGGUAAAAACGACAGAACGCUAUUCCUCUGUGGAGAUGUGACUUAAAGCGAGAGUUUGGCUCGUGUCCCAUUCACUAACAUGGGAAGGGGCGGGGUUUAAGCUGUACUGCAGUCAGCCACUAGAGGGCCUCAGAGACAUUUCAGCUUCACUAUUCACUCCCUGUUACUCUGUUCACUCAUAUAUACAGUCACGGUUCACUCCUCUAUAAUGCCUUUAUUACUGCUUUAUAACUCACGUGUGAUCCGUAACACGGCUCUGUACAUCACUGUUUAUGUCACACUUAUUAUUAUUAUCAUUAUUAUUGCACAAUUAGCAUCAUUUUAUUUUAGUACAUGCUUAAUGUCUCAGUGUUUUCUGUUUUAAACUGAGAAUAUGUUGUUUUGUUUAAUAAAACAGGAAAAAAAGAAUUGAA